AUGUCUUUGUGUCAAGUCAUGUCAUUUUCAUUUCAAUCAUUCUUCUUCACAGUUCCGUAUUUUACUUUACCACUUUGCAGUUUUAUGAAAUCGCUUUUUAUUUUUUCGACAAAAUGCAUUCCGAUUUAAAUCCAGAGGCACCUGAAUUUUAUCCCCAUUUGGCAUCAGUGACGAAGGGUGGAUAUUCCACCAUGAACAAAACAAUAAAAUCUUCAAACCAGCUGCCGGCGGGUGCUUCCCACGAGAUGUUCAAAACAUUUACAAGUUUCAACAUUGUCAAAUGCAAGUUAAGUGAAAAUGUUGUUACACAAUCAAACCAAAUAGUUGCAAAGGAGUUGCCAACUGUGAAGUUGAAAAUCAAUGACUUAGAGUAUAACACAGAGAAAAUAAUAGACGUGAAUGACUCUAUGCUGGACCGAGUGAACAUCAACAUUGACACUGAGAGUGGCGUGAACAAGCCCAACCAAUUGAUGGUCGCGAGGAAUGUGUCCUCGUGGAACAAUGGACCUAUCAUAGCUAAAAUACAGAUGGGUUCCACGACUUUUAUUGGUGCCAAAAAUAUUCCUCGUCCACAGCUAUCAUUCAAAGAUGCCGUGGACAACUCCGAGAGUCUAUGGGUGCCAAAAAUAUCUGACAAACCAAACAGCAUUAAAUCACUCGCUCUCAGUAUCAUUUAUAGUGAGGAUGGUGAAGCUAUUGGCUACGAACACCCAUAUAGAGUGGAACUGGACUUGUACCAUCCACCGGCGGAGUUUAUUGACCCCGACCCGUCGCCGCCAAAGUUCCCUCCAUCGUUGGAAGAAACCAAGUACACAUAUGUAGAAACUGAGGAACAACUGGAUGCGCUGGUUAAGCAUUUGGAGGGCGUGAAAGAGAUGGCUGUCGAUGUGGAGCACCAUUCGUACAGGACUUAUCAAGGAAUAACAUGUCUUAUUCAAAUCACGACGACCGAAGGAGGCGAUUUUAUUAUUGACGUUAUAGCUUUAAGGGAACAUAUACACAAAUUGAACUUAAUCUUUACCAACCCGAAAAAGUUAAAAGUUUUCCAUGGCGCGGAAUCCGACGUGGUGUGGCUGCAACGAGACUUCGGCGUGUACAUUGUCGGUUUGUUCGACACUCAUCAGGCCGCCCGCACGCUCAAAAUGUCGGCGUUAGCAUUGAAGAACCUACUGCUCAAAUACUGCAACGUGAACACUGAUAAACGGUACCAACUAGCGGACUGGCGCAUUAGGCCUCUGCCCGAUGAAUUGGUCGAGUACGCUCGUAUGGACACACACUAUCUGCUGUACAUAUGGCGAAUGAUGAAAGCCGAUUUACUCGCUACAGCCGGCGGCAACCCGAGGCUUCUACUCGCCGUGUUUGAACAAGCCCGACAGAUAUGUGGCACGACAUACAAUAAGAAGGUAGUGCACGAAGACAGCCACAUGCCGCUGUACGUUCGCUCGAAGAAGUCCUUCAACACCCAACAGAUGGCGGCACUCAAGAUGCUGUACAAGUGGAGAGAUGCGCAGGCGCGGCUCCUCGACGAAAGUACCACAUAUCUGCUCCCCAACCACAUGAUGUUGGCACUGUCAGAGACACUCCCCAGGGAGGUGCAGGGAGUCCACGCGUGCUGUAACCCGAUGCCGCCCUUCAUCAAGCAGAACCUUAUCACAGUCCACAGGAUGAUACUGUCGUGUCGCGAACUACCCGUGGAGCCCCAACUGUAUCAGAUGCCGAGCAGCAUCCGCACCAUGGCCAGCGCCCAGCAACACCUGGCGGCCGCCUACAAUGUGCACGACCUCGCUCACAUGCCGGAAUUCACUGACGAUCAUCGCACAAAUUUCGACGUGACAGAGUACCUAAACAGUGAGCCGCCCAUGCAGCCGGAAGUGAAGGCGUUCAAGACGACGUACAAAACGUAUUGUGGAAUAGUGUCGGAUUUGAACGUGGAUGCGAAAUUAUUCAUUCCGCCAUACGACAGAUACAGAAAAUAUCGUUCCCUAGCUCAGAUGGAAGAAAUGAAGGAAUUUAAAGACAAAGAAGCGAAAAUAGCCGCUUUAGGAAAAGGCGACGAAUUAAUUAAAGCAGAGGUGCUAGCUAAGCUGCAACAGGCUAAAGCGAAAAUCGAAGACGAUGGCAAAAUAGCAAUUAAAGAGGCCACAGAAAUCGUAAUCAUUGAUGACGAAGACACGAAAGCAAAACGCAAACGAAAAAUAUCAAUAGACAAGACGGAGCGCAAUGUCACGAAGAGUGAUAUCAAAAAAGGCAAUAAGAAAUCUGCGGGCAAAAAUAAUCCGGAACCUUUCAUGUAUAAGAACGCGAACUACAGAAAGUUCUACAGCGAAAAUAACACGGAAAAAACGCGACCUAAAAUGAAGUUUAAAAAACAUAAAUAGUUAAGCUAUUGUGAAGAUUUUUUUAUAAUUUGAUAAGCGAAACUAUGCAUACAUAUAGUCCCUUUUAAUGUAA